AUGGUGAGUAAGAAGGUCACGACCCAAUUAGAGAAGCUGCAGGGUGACGAGUGGGACUCGGACAGCGAUAUCGAAACUAACGAUGCCACUGCAUCCAGCACCUUUGAACCCAGCAAUGAUCUUGUAAAGCUUCCGUCACCUACAGAGGCUGUUGACAAUAAGUCCAAGAGCAAAAUGCAGCAAACUAACCACGCUGGGAAAAAGAAGGACAUGCCGUCGAAUGUUAUUUAUCUCGGCCGCAUCCCGCACGGCUUUUACGAAAAACAGAUGAUGGGCUUUUUCAAGCAAUUUGGCGUCGUGCGUCGUGUGCGUCUCUCACGUAACAAGCGCACAGGAAAUUCAAAGCAUUACGCUUUUAUUCAAUUUGAUGAGCCAGAGGUGGCACAAAUUGUUGCCAACACUAUGAACGAGUACCGACUUUUUGAUCACACACUCAAAUGCCAUGUUGUACCGUGGAAUGAUGUGCACGAGCGCAUGUUCAUUGGUGCCAACAAGGAGUUUAAACCUCUGCCACGUCAAGCCAUUUAUCGUAAUCGCCAUAAUGCAGAAAAGUCGUACGAACAAAUUGUGGUAAACAACAAGCGUCUUGUGACUAAGGAGCGUCAGAAGCGCAAGGUGUUUAAAGCGCUUGGAAUUGAAUAUGACUUUCCCGGUUACGAGUCGCAGUUGCCAGCCAAAAAACAACAUAUUGCAUUUACAUAA